GUAUAAUUUGUUUCAGUUCUUCGUCUUCGUUCCGACGUCGUGAGUCUACCAACAACACGACCACUACAUUCCCGAUAUGGCGCAAAGCGAUAUCGAACCGAGGCCCAUAAUCGGGACUCAGUCAUCGCUCGACUACGACCCUACACUUCUAAAUCUCGCUCUCACUGAAAGUACGGACGAGAUAGGCGGAUCAACAGUCAAGGACUUUAAGGAGACCGUCGUGCGUGGCGUGCGGUCGACAGACGAGGCUACAAACGCGCGUUUUCCGCCUUCUGGCGCGAAUCAGUUUGAGAGAGAGGAUGGCGACGCGAUGUGUGAGAAUUCGGCACCUUCUGAAGGUGUUUCGCAUUGUUUUUCGCCUCGUAAUCCGUUUGCUGUUGACACUGAGGGGGUGAGUGUGGGUGCGGUUGCGGGGAAUACCCCGAUUAGUGACCCGACGAAUCCUUUUUAUGACGUCACGAGAGAGGGAGAGGCGAUGGAUACGGAUGCGGCUGUUGUGACCGACGCUCCCACUACUAGUAACAACGACAACCAGCCAUUGGGUCAACUUCCUGUUCCUGCUAUAUCUCCAUCCACACCUCAUUGUGUCAAGUGGUUGCUAUGGCAAGGCGGCAGCAUUCCCAUAGCAACACAAAAUGAGAACGGACCUUGUCCUCUCCUUGCAAUCUGCAACACUUUGCUGUUAACGAAGGUACUCACUCUUCCUCCGGGAACGAAGCAAAUCUCAUCGGAAUCGUUAGCACAAAUGGUAGCAAACCGUCUGCUGGAGUCAAAUCCGACGGCGUUGAGUGAGGACGAACGAUUGAAUUAUGAUCGUAACGUGCAGGAUGCGAUUACCAUGUUUCCGAAGCUACAAACAGGUCUUGAUGUCAAUGUCAAAUUUUCUGGUGUGUGCGACUUCGAAUUCACACAAGAGCUCGUCAUCUUCGAUCUCCUCAACAUCGGUCUCUACCACGGAUGGCUUGCCGACCCUCAAGACUACGACCAAUACAGAGUUGUUAAAAACCUUAGCUACAAUCAGCUGGUUGAGAAAAUUAUUAAUGGCUUGUCAUCGCCCAUGGCUCAGUCUCCUAACUCAGCGACUGUUGCUGCUGUCGAUGCGUCUGUGGCUGAGAAUUUUCUGAACUCGACGGCAUCGCAGUUGACAUAUCACGGGCUGUGUGAGUUGAAUGUGAAUGUCAAGGAGAAUCAGAUGUGCGUUUUCUUCAGGAAUAAUCAUUUUAGUUCAAUGUAUAAGUACAAGAAUCAUCUCUAUUUACUUGUGACGGAUCAGGGAUACUUAGACGAGCCGUCGAUUGUGUGGGAGCAUUUGUCUAAUGUGGAGGGUGACACGAGCUUCGUUGACGAGAAAUUUCAACCUGCUGGGCGACAUACACAGAGACAAUUGUAUCAGAGGGAGGAACGUUCUGCUGCUACUGAGGGUGCGGUUGUACAGCCACGAGAACAGACACAGAAUGUUGGGGAGGCAAUGAGUCAAGAAGAUCAAGAUUACCUGAUGGCCGUCACGUUGCAGCAAAGUGAAGACGAGGCAGACGCCGCAGCUGAACAACAAACCAGCACCAACACAGCAGGACAGCCCACAAGCGCAUUCGAACAGCCAGCAGUCGUUGCUCUACCAGAAGAGACGGCAAACGACUCAGCCCUUUGUUUUGAUCGUCAACUCGCUCUCGAGCUACAUCGCGAAGAAAUUGAUCAACUGCAGCGGCAACGUUCGGCGUAUCAAGCUUCGAUGUCGAGAGGUGCCACGCAUGCAGGUCAUCGACCUGCCAUGCAUCAGACCACAACGUCCAUUCCUCGGGAGCGACGAAACAGCGGCUGCACAAUUUUGUAAGAGACUCAUUACUUGUACAAGCGUAAAACAUUUUGAUGACGUCAUUAAGGUAGUAUGACGUCAUCAAGGUAAAAGGUUAACGACUGGCGUUGGCGUAAUGAGCGGUUGUUGCUAGUCGUGUGUUUACUGACAAGUUUGUAUGGCUUCUGUGUGGCUGAUUUGAUAUUAAUGACUGCAAGUACAAUGACAGUUGAACUUUUGUCAA